AUGACCACCAAAUUAAAAACGAAAUCUCCCUUAACAACAUCAUCGCUAUUCUCUACAUCAUCGUCCUGGGUAGAUGAUGCGGAAUUCCUUUACUUCAGCCCAAACUUUGCCCAAUACGAAGGCCCGUCGAUGAGCCCGAAAGCCCACAAAUGGCAGCAAGUCCCCAUGCAAUAUGAACACGAAAUGUAUCUCCAACUCACAGCUGGCAACGACGGUGUUGCUGAGAAAACAGCAAGUCAACUCUAUCUGGAGGAACGAAGACGCCGUCUACACUCUCAAUCUCAAGACCCGGCUAUCUCUGGCCCGCAACAAAACUGCCCCAGCCCGAUAGACUUCGAAGCCGCUGAGAUAGAGAGAAUACGAGCUGUCGAGCGUCAACGUGAGAGCCUCUCGAGAUCCACAACAGCGAUCAAGCAAAGUAACCCGAGGGCCUCUUCCGGACCGAGAACGAUGGCGACAAUGAUGACAAAAGAUGACUGGCUGUUUUGGAUUUGA